GGCGACAGCUCGGUCCCCGCCCGGCCUCCUGCGCCCACCCGGUCCCCACAGCCCACGCCGCGCCCCGGGCCCUCGCGCACGCGCACGCGCUCCACGUCCACUCACGACCCGCCGAGAAGCGCAGCCGGACGCAAAGCCCAGAAUCGCUCCGCGGGGCGGCGCGGAGGCUCCUGGGAAGUGGAGUCCCGGCCCUGGCUCCGCGGGCCUGGGGAGCGCGCGGCUCUGCUCUUCGCCUCCCAGCUGAGGGCCCUCGGCGCCGCCGCCUGCUCCGCGCGCUCUCGCCUCCCUUCCCGCUGCAGCCCGGUCGUUCCCACGCGAGAGGCAGGCACCCCGAGGACAGGAAGGACACCCAGUGAAAUGCAUCCCUGACUUGAUUGGAUCAGAAAAACAAGAAAAGAAGUAUCCAGCUCUCUCAGCCCUAUUGUGCAGGCGGAUGUCACAUUCAGGCUCUCAAGAUGGCAGCCAUUGACCUAUGCCCGAUAUGGGCUCUACCUACACAGGACUCUGCCUGUUUCUAUGUGAGAAGUACUGAGGGGGAAAGGAUAGUGCCUGGAUUCCCAGCAACCUGGUUACAGGGACCAGUGUCCUUUGAGGAUGUGACUGUGGAGUUCACCCAGGAGGAGUGGGUGAUGCUGGACUCUGCUCAGAGAAGUAUGUACAGAGAUGUAAUGUUGGAAAACUAUAUGAAUCUCACCUUAGUGGAAUAUCAGUUAUGCAAGCCUGUGAUCUCCCUGUCGGGUCAAGAAGACAUAAGAACUGUGAAAAGGAGAAUUCCCCAAGGCACCUGUCUAGACUGGGAGAUUCAACUGAAAACCAAAGAAUCAACUUCUAACCAGAAUAUUUUUUGGGGAAAAUCAUCUAGUGGCAAGAAAAUGAUAAGAUUCACAACGGAUGAUUGGUCGCCCACAUUAAGAGCAGACUGGGAAUGCCGUAAAAUCAGAAAACAGCACAAGAUCCCAGAGGGGAUUUUGAGGCAAGUGACAUUUACUCAAAAGAAGGCAGCAUCUCAGGAGGGAUUGUAUGACUAUCAUGAAUUAAAGAAGGACUCUAAACUCAGAUCAAAACUUGUUUUUUCAAAGAGAGUUUCCAUCAGUAAACAUUGCCAUAAGUGUUACUUAGAUAUUGAGUGUUGGAAGCAUAAUUCAAUCCUAAACAGUUAUGAAAAAAACUCUGUAAGUGAGAGGGUCUGUGAAAGUCAUGACUAUGACAGAGCUCUGUGGCAUCUUGAAAGAACUCAAACAGCACAAAAAGAGUACACAUGCUCCGAACAUGGCAUACACUUUAAACAUAAUAAUAUGCUUCCUAUAUGCAACAAUUGUCAUAUGGGGGAGAAUUCCUGUGAGUGUAAUAAAAACAAAACCUUUUGUCAUCAUUCAUCCCAUAAGCAACAGGAACAAACUCCUACUGAAGAGAAUCAUGAACAUAAUCAGCAUGGGAAAGCUUUCAAAAGGAUUUCUAAUCUUAUUUUGCACAAGAGAAGUCACAUGGGUGAGAAACAAUAUGAAUGUAAAGAAUGUAGGAAAGUCUUCAAUGAUUCCUCAACCCUAAGAAGGCAUAUAAGAACUCACACUGGUGAGAAACCCUAUGAAUGUAAUCAAUGUGGAAAAGCUUUCAGUCAAAAAACAUCUCUUAAGGUUCAUGUGAGAACUCACACUGGAGAGAAACCUUAUGAGUGUAAUCAUUGUGGAAAAUCCUUUGGCACAAGUUCUUACCUUAUAGUGCACAAGAGAAUACACAGUGGGGAGAAACUCUAUGAAUGCAAUGACUGUGGAAAAGCCUUCAACACAAGCUCUCACCUUAAAGUUCACAAGAAAACACACACUGGAGAGAACCUUUAUGAAUGCACUGACUGUGGGAAGGUUUUUAGUGGUCUCUCAUCUCUUAGAAUGCAUGUGAGAACUCAUACUGGGGAGAAACCCUAUGAAUGUAAGGAAUGCAGGAGAACCUUCAGUGUUUCCUCUUCCCUUAGGAGACAUGUGAGAACUCACACUGGAGAGAAACCCUAUGGCUGUAUUCAAUGUGGAAAAACCUUCAGUCAGAAUUCUUCACUUACUAUACACAAGAGAAUUCAUACUGGGAGAGAAACCUUGUAACUAUUAAGAACAUGGAGUUGCAUUUUUCAGUGUCUUAAGGUGGAUUCCAAGCUCAUUAUUUCAGUCUUUGUUCUCUAAAAUAAGCAUUUAAGGCUAUAAAUAGUCCUAUAAACACCCCUUUAGUUAUAUAACACAUUUGGUGUAUGAUAAUUUAUUUUGUUUUAACUCUGUUGUCUAAUAUUUAUUAUGACUUUAUGACUUUCAGAUCCAUAGCUGUUUAGAGUUAUUUUAAAUAUGUUUUCAGUUACCUUAUGGAUUUCUAAGUUAAUUGCAUUAUCUUCAAGGUAUCUGGACAAUAUGAUACUACUUCAUUGUUAUUUUCUUGAGAGUCGCUUUCUGGUCUGGUGUGACAGGUAUCGUUAGUAGCCAAUCAAGCAUCCAGUUCAUCCCUCCCCGUAGGGAGUGGAUAGUAUCACUGGGGACAGACCUAUCUAGUGUUUUCUCUUUGCCUUUUGCACUUUGUCUUUCAGCCUUCCCCAGUCUUCUCCCUUUGGAUUUUGCAUUCAUGGAGCUGAAUGAGCCAUCUUGUGACCAUGAGGAUGACAAGGAUGGUGUCAAAGAGAUCCUGGUUUCCCAAAGAUAUCUUCAAAUAACUGUACCAGCACUGCGCUGCUUAUAUCUGUGCAUCUUUUUAUGCCUCUUAUUGUUGUGUCCUCUCCCGUUGCGGAGCACAGGCUCCACACGCGCAGGCUCAGCGGCCAUGGCCCACGGGCCCAGCCGCUCCACGGCACGUGGGAUCUUCCCGGACCGGGGCACGAACCCGUGUCCCCUGCAUCGGCAGGCGGACUCCCCACCACUGCGCCACCAGGGAAGCCCUCCAUCUUUUUUUAAUCAUAUCUUUCUAUGUCAGUAUAUGUCGUUCUGUUUCAUUCUUUCAUUGAAAUAGUUUAGUAUUUGAUUAUGUGGAUGGACUAUAAUGUACAUUUAAUCCAUUUUCCCCUCCAGAUGUUUCAUAAUAACAACGAACACUGCAUAAGCAAUAUUGUUAAUAUAUUUUGCUUUCCUUUCAUCUGUUCUCCAUACUGCUCCCAGGGUUAUUCGUCUCAAGUACUAAUCAGGUUAUAUUACAUCUCACUUCUAAAUCCUCAAGCGGACUUCCCUCCUUUUACCUUAAAUGUUCUACAAGACCCUUCAUGCUAAACUCUUACCUGUCUUUUCAGGCCACAGCCCUUGCUGCUCCAUCUCUUCACUCUCUCUGGACCUUAACCUGGCCUGUUCAUCCUUUAGGUAUUGUAUCCUACAUCUGCUUUAACAUGCUUUUCACACCUUCACAGUAUUGCCUGGUUAAUUAUGUGUCUUGCCCUCUAAACUUUAAGCUUUGGUAAGGUAGGAACUCUAAAUUGUUCAUUAUCUUAUUCCUAGUACUUGUCCCAUAAUAGGUACUUAUUUAAACAUGUAUGGUUUUUCCCAAACUUUUGUGCCUUUUAUUUGUUUACUUAGUAUUUCAGUGGAGGCUGAACUUAAAAUAAGAAUUGGGUUUCAAGUGAUUGUAUAAGGCAAAAAUUGCAUAAAAUCAAAAAUUUUUUCCAAGCGCUGGAGUCACACUCAGCAUAGCAAGAUAUUCUAACAAUUGACAGGCAUGCAGAAACUAAGACUGUUAAGAGAAGUGAGGUUUAAUUAUUCAUAUACCCUGCCCUGCCUCUACCACCCUCAAGUUCAUAUACCUUGUUUGGCCACUGUUCAUAUGCUGCUACAGUGUGUAUUACAUUAAAAGGAGUGAAAUGACCCAGUACUGGUGAGGGUGCCAUGUUCUUUAGGCUACUGAUGGAAACAUAAAUUCACACAAUCUUUCUGGGGGACAGGUAAGCAGUAUGUGUCCAAAGCGAGAAUAUUCUAAACCUUUAACCUAGCAAUUUUUUUCUUAGCUUUUAUAAAAGAACCCUUCAUUCAAACAUGUAUAAGUAACAAUAGUCAUCUGAGUUUCAUACUCUAGUGAAGAACUAAAAUUCCUCAAUUCCCAAUAAUAGCUAAUUGGUUUUUAAAAAUUAUGUAUGACCAUAAAAUGGAAUGUAAUGUGGUCAUUAAAAUGUUAUUAUGUAUUUAUUGACAAAUGGGGAUGUAUCUAAUAUACAGUAAGUCCCCUACAUACGAACCUUCAAAGAUACGAACCUAUGUUCGCAUAUCCAAUCACGUUAGUUCAUGUAUCUAGUGUACAUUGUCACGUGCAUGCAUCCUCUACAAGUGGUUGUGCUUUUGUGUACUUUACAGUACUGUAUAGAAUACAGUAACAGUGUCUUUACUUCAAGCCCAGGAUGUCCGGAAGCAAGCAUAAAAGCAGCAGUGAUGUAGCUUGUACUACUGUAUUUUUCAAGGCUUUAAAGGCAGACUUUUUGAAAGUGUUACCUCUUUCUUCCAAGUCAUUCACACCCAAUCUGCAAGGUUUGCUGCCUCUCUGCUUUGAAAUUUCUUCCAUCUCUUCAGAAGGAUUUAACAGUUUCCUGUCCUGAGACGCAUUGUAUAAUAUUCAAUAGAAAAUUCUUUGGGGUCAUUUCUCAGUAACAAAACUUGACCCAGCCUGAAUUCUAUGUGGGUAUCUUAUUUUAAGUCCCCUGAAGCACCGGUUGUUGCUUUCUAAGAAAAUAUAGAAUUCUGAUUGUUCUUGCAACAACUAAUAUUUACAUCACUAGUACUGAAUGUACCUGUUGCUCCAUCUCCUUAUCCUUCUGCAUUUAUAGUAACUUCUUGUUUUAAUGUUGAAGUGUAAUAAUCUUUUGGGAAACUUGUAAAAAUUUUAUUGAAGCAUAAUACAUAGAGAAAUGUGUACAGCUUAAUGAAUUUCCCCAAAUAGAAUACACCUAUUUAGUCGGCCCCUAGAUCGAGAAAACGAAAUGAGUACUUUCACUGAUGCUACUAGAAUCUUACACUCAACUCCAUUCAUCCCCUCCUAUCAAGUGUUACUGUCAUGCUUCUUUAGUUUCAUGUAUAUUUUAAACUCCAGCUGAUAUUAUAAUUGUUGUGUUGACAAUAUUCAUUUGUAUUUCUUGCGGAGUCAUCUUUUUAACAGCGAUUUAAAAUGUGAAAACCUUUCUUAGCUUACAGGCCCCGAUAUAGCCCAUGGGCCUUAGUUUCCCAAUACUUGACUUAUAUUUACCCCUUGUGUUCUUUACUGCCUGCACUGCAAGGUUUCCAUCUAGGACCAGUUCAUACUGUCUGAAGAACUCAUCUUUAAUGUUUCUUUUAGCACAGGCAUGCUACACAAGUUCCCUCCAUUUUUGUUUAUCUGAAACAUCUUUAUUUCUGCUUUAUCUCUAAAGGACUUUUAGCUUGGUAUAGACAUCUAGAUUGGUCGAAUAUUUGUUUUCCUUGUCAGCACUUUAAAGGUGUUGUUUCAUUAUCUUCUUCCAUCGUUUCAUUUAAGAUGGAAACUUGCAGUCUUCCUGUUGCUGCUGUGAAAGUAGUCUCUCCCCUACUCUGUACCAGCUUCUGAUAACCAGGCUUUAUCUUUUGUUACAAUGUGCAUAGUUGUGGUGAUGUCCCACUUUAGCCUGCUUGGAACUUGCUGAGCUUCCUGAACCUGAGGGCUGAUACCUUGCAUCUCUUUGCAAGGUUCUUCACUAACUCCUCAAAUAUUUGUUCUGUCAUCCUCUUCUUAAAAGACUAACUAAACACAUUAGAACUUUUGAGUUUGUCCUAAAUGUCUAUGUCUUACACUCAUCUUUUUUCCCCUUCUCCCUUCUGUUUAGUAUGGAUAAUUAGAUAAUCAUGACAACAGAGUAAUAAAAAUAUUAUAACUGUUUCAGAGCUAUCAUGGUUUCCUUCCUAUGUUUCACACAAAGUUUUCACAAUUUGAAUAUGCAAACCUAAGACAAUUGUGUGUCUGUAAUACAAACUCCUUAUAAGUUUGUUGUAAGUUUAUAUUAUAAACUCCUAGAUCAAAAUGUGCAAAUUGGAUGUUUAGCCCUUCACACGUAUUGAGGUGGUCACACUAUGUAUCACCAUUAUCUCUUUGUCAAACCAAUUGGAACUGAAAUAAUGUAUUAUACAAGUAAUUUAAAGUACAUCAUAUGCUUUAUUCUGUUUGCUUUUAUACCUUAAUGUGUCUGGCUGGCUAUUGCUACUGAAUUUCAUCUUGAAAAACAGGAAGCUUUACUUUUGGUCUUCUGCUACCUCUGAAAAGUGCCACAGCUUAUAAAUGUUAAAUACGGAAAGAUAUAACACAGACUUGUGUGCUGAAAUUGACUGAAAGCAACUAUGAACCUUGCCAGCACUGACUUGCUAUGACAAAGAAAGCAUACUGUAUAAAUGAAAAUAUCCACAAACUAUUCACUCUGUUUUUUCAGUGGCAACAGUGUUUUGACAUAUCUUUUACUGUAUAGCCUAGGAAUUAACUGUAUUUUGAUUUAGUGUAUUUAAUACAUUAUCUGUAUUUUAAUUAAAUUAAAAAUAAUAGCAUAGUUAUUUUGUGAAAUAUUUUACCACAAAUGAAAAAGAGGACUUUUUUGGUGAGUUACAUAGUUCAGAAUGAUGUUGCAUGAAGUAAAUUUUAGGGGAAAUUUCUUAUUUUUGAUAAAAAUGAUUCAAGCAACAUAUUUGGUGAGCUACCUGCAAAGGCACUCCCUUUCCUGAGUGCCCCUCACUCACCUGAUCAUAGGCCUCUUCCCACUUUUUUCUCCAUCAUACUUCACUCUCCCCUGCUCCAUUAAGGAGGUCACAUUUGCUUUCGAAAUAAAAGUCCUGCUUACUAGGAGAAAAUAGAUAAUUCAAAAUAUUAUGGUUUUCCUAGACCCUAGGGAAGAGACGCUAUUACACGAAGAACAAAAACAGAAGAAUGCAUGCCAUUUCCUACUUGGGCCAAUUUUAAAACAUUCCCUCAAGAACAUGGAGUACAAAUUCAGCCAGGCAACUUACAGCCCACCCCCUGAUACUUCCUAUGGAGAAGGCAGAUACCUAAAUUCAGAUUCUGAAUUUGGAGGAUUGGUAAACUCCUUAGGCCAGAGUCCCAUAGUUCUCCAUCAUUACAUUCCUAUAUAAAAAACUGGGGGCAGGGUCUAAUCAGUCCCAUUCCUCCUGGGAGAAGUCUAUGGCCACACCUCUGAAUGUUACACACCUCUGAGAUGACAAAUACAUUCUUGUUCACCAAAGACUGCCACAGGGUGUGAGGGAAAUUACUAAUACUGGCCACCACUAUAGGAAAGAGGGGAUUUAUACAGUGGAGUUGUUCUGAUAGUUUGAAUGGCUCUAGAAAAGUAAAUAUUAGGCAACAGCUGUGUGUUUUGUUGUUACAUUGAAUGGAAAAGAAAUAUGCCAGCCUCUCACUUUGUGAAAGAACAAUUAUAUAUGCGUGAAAAAAUAUGCUUAAAUAAGGCACUCAUUCAAGUUCUAAAUUACAUAUUUCAUGUACUAAACGCAAGAGAAGUUCUUGAAAGGAGGCAAUCAGAUGCUUUAAAGGUAAGAUAACCUUUACAAUGGGAAAAUAAAGUUUGGGCAGGUGUAUGUGGAGAUGAAAACAAUCUGAUUUAUUUGGACAAAUAUGUGCUUACAGAAGAAAUGUUCUUACUGAAAAUGGAACAAAAGAGGUAAACAACCUUGACAUUUUCCUGUGAUGUACCUUAUUUACAUUUAUUUCAGACUAAGACAUCUAGUCAGAUUCAAGGGUAAACAUGAGUUAGCAUAACCUUAAGUCCAAACUCUGUCUCAAAAUUAAAACCAUAAUAUAUCUAAAGAUGUUUCUAUAAUGUCUGUAUGUUUUUAAAAAAGCAUGCUACUCCUCAUUGUUGAUGUCAAUAUUGUGAUAGUUGCAUAUUCAGAAUCACACAUGCUGUAGGAAAAAAAUUCAGCCAAUACUACAUUAAUUUACCAUGAAUCAAGAUUUAUUCGUAGCUUUUCUGAAUUUGCUUUGAAACAAAAAAACAAAACCCAAACAAACAUCCCCCUGUAAAAAAUCCUCCCACACCGAUUCUCUCCAGUAUAACUUCUCAGAACUCUUAUGACUUUGCCACGCUCAUUACAAUGGUAGUUUUUCCCCAGGAUAAUUCUGUAGGUUUGAAAUACUGCAGAAAGUCACUCUAUGUUAAGUUCAUUUAUAGGGUUGCUUUUUCUCCUUAGAAGAGUAUUUAAGAAUUUAAUAAAUAUUGCAUGGUACAUGAAGGCAUUCCCAAAUCAUUGUUUGUAUGACUUUCCUUCAUUAUGAAUUUUCUGAUGUCCAGGAAAAAGUACACCCUUACCCAUGUGUUCUGUCCUGUCCUGAGCUGACAGAUGCAGAAUGAGACCUAAUCUCUAAAAGUUUUCUCACAUUUAUUGGACAUGUAUCCUUUCCUGAUAGGAAUUUACAAAUGUAGAUUAAGGGAAUCCUACCAGAUGAAGAGUCUUCUUAGUAUUGUUUGAUUCCAUCUUCUGGUAUUACAAAAAGAAUGAGCAGCUAUUAAUGGCUUUCCCAUACAUUCCUUGGGUUUUUCUCUAGAAUACUGAAUAAAGCAGAGACCACAUUUCAUCACAAUAAGCACAUUCACAUAAGGCUUCUUUCCAAGAGUUCUCUGAAGUCAAAGUAAGGCAUUAGCUGCUUUUUUUUUUUU